AUGGAAAUGAUCAACUUUAUCCACGAUGAGUGUGAUAAACGCAACCGAGAAAGUCCGACCACAGACAAUCGGCUCGACAAUUCAAUACCGACUAUGAGCCUUAGUACAAUUUCAUGUGACCGUGAGGAGGAGGAUUUCAUGCAAGUGUUAACAGAAAAAACUGAAACCGUAUUCGGACGAUCCGUACCUCCAUUGAUGGCCAGUGUUUUCGGAGAGUUCGUUAGAAAUAUUCUUUUCGAACAUCACUACGACCUCGAAAAGCUUCGAUUCAAAGAAAAGCUGACGAUGAAUAGUAUUGAUGCAUUUGUUCGUGAUCUUCAAGCAACACAUGAUUCUGUAGAUGCUUUUCGAGCUGCGUGGGAUGGAAAAGUUCAACUGGUGAAGGAUUUUCUUGGUCAGUAUCCAACAUUCAAGGAUAAACCUGGUCCUUGGGGCACAACGCUCCUCUAUUCAGCAGCGAGAAACAACAAAAUAUCCGUGGUUGAGUAUCUUGUUAGCGAUGCUCGUUGUUCGGUCAAUGCCCAAAAUCAACAACAUUUCGAGAGAGCUCUAUCGACUGAAACGAUCACCGCUGCUGAUUAUCAAGUCUCACCGAAAUUCGGCUCUACCGCAUUGCACGGAGCAUGUUUUGCUGGGCAUCUGAGGGUUGUGCAAUAUUUGAUUGAGCACGGUGCGAACUAUUUUAUUCGUAAUCAAGCGGAAGAAACUUCUGUUUUGAAUGCUGAAUUACACCCAGACAUUGUGGAAUAUUUGCGAAAUCUGCUUAAUCGUGGUUAUUUGAAAGAACAAAGCAAGCUGCCAGAAACUCCAAUCACUCAAAUGAAUCAACGAUCCUCUAAAGAUUGUGUCUGGGAAUUCUUGCCCUUUCUCGAGAGACGUUGGCUUCCGUUUCAGGAAAAUGAAUCGAAUGAGUUGAAUCAAUCAUUAGUAGUCAACGAGGGACAACAGUUCAAUCGGGAAAUUCAAUGGAACAUGACCCACACUGUGUCGAUGGUUCAGUUUCUUCGACGCGGUAAUCAGCAGGAAGACCUCGCUUGGAUCCGAUGUCGAGGCUCAUCCAUUCUGAAUUUUGACUGCUAUGCGCUAUGGCAACUCCUAUUCCUUAAGCAUCCAAACGGGAAAUCGAAUUCUAACGAUCGAAUGUC